AUGUUAAAAUAUAUUUAAGAUCAAGAUUUUGGUACCUUUGAAUAAUCACUAGUGCAAAGAUAAAAAAAAGUGUUUUGUAUGAAUAUGCCAAUGCAAUAGCUAAUUAAGAGUAGAUCAGUUUCUUAAAUUUUACAUGAUGAACUCAUUACGUUAUAAAAAUCAUCAGCUAGAAAAAAAUAAAAGGAAGAAUCAUAUUAAGAAAGAAUUUCAUCACCAAUAAAACCUAUUGAAAUUUCAUAAUCUAAUUAAGCUCUUCCUAAAAUCAAUUUAUAAAAAACCUAAACAGAAUAAUUGAAUAAAACAAAUAAGAGGAUUAAAGUAUUUCAUAACAUUUCGAAAAGAUAACAUGAUUUAGAUUAAUGGAAUUAAGCAUUUUAUUAAAAUAGAUCUAUUAAUGGACAAUCUCCAAGAAUAUAAGAAAUUAAAAAGGCAUUAUAAGAAUAGUUGAAUGAUGGAAAAUUAUAAAGUCUUAAUUCAAGCAAUCUUUUAAAAUUGAGUAGAACUGAGAGUCCCAAAAAAAGACCUAAUGUACUUAUUCAUUUAUUUUAAUUAGCUUUAAACAGAAAAAGCAUUAAGAAAUCUUUUAUGUGAAUAUGUUUUAGAUGAUAAAAUUGCUUUUAAUGAUUUGAUUCUCGAUAAUAAUCGUUAAGUUCAAGAUCCUAAAUAUAUGAUUGAAUAGGUAGUUAUGAACUAUGAGAUUCUUAAAUAAAUAUUUCGAAUUGAAAAAACCAUAACUAAAAUUAUUUUAAAAACCCAAGGUUUAAGCAAGUAAGUUUUAUUAUAAAACAAGAAAAAUUAUACAUACCUUCUUUAAAGAAAUUAAACCUAAUUGUCCUAAUGACAUUUCGUAAUUUGAAUAUCAUUUUAAAUUAAGAAGAAAUAUCUCUAAAUCAUUCAUUAUGUCUAAGUUUAUCAUUGGAGUAGAACCUGAAUUAGAUCUAACUAUAGAUAAGUUGUUGAAUCGAGAAGCACUAUCACCUGAUAUGCAAUCGAUAUUACUAUCACCUGAAGAACUAUUAUAAAAGUCACUUGAAACAUUAAAAUUUGAUUAUGACUACUUAAACAAAUUGAAUUAUUUCAACAUCAAUUUAUAAGAUUAGAUUAAAUAGAAAUAAGUAAAGGCAAUAAAAAAUAAAUUACUUUUAAAUGGUAGUAUCAUUGAAUAAACUAAUUUAUCUUUGGAUUUCGAACAACCUUAAAGUUUAUUAGCUAAAAUUAAUGAUUGUGAAAGGAGAUUGGGUAAAUUUUAGAAAAUAAGCAAUUAAUCAAGAUUUAAGUGUUUAGAAGCAGAAGCAUAUUUAUAUUAUAGGUGAACACUUAUUUACUCUGAUAUAUUAUUUAUUUAUUAAUAUGUAAUUUUAUGAAAGAUUACAUUAUAUUCCGAUUGGAAUACCCAAUGAAAACCUUUUGUGCAAAAUUUGUAAAAAUCUCGCUAUAGAUCCUGUUGAAUGCAUUUAAUGUGAAAAUCUUUAUUGCAAAUAAUGCUUUUAAAUAUCUAAAUCAUCAUAUGAUAAGUAUUAUUAAGAAUAAUUUAAAGAUGCCCAGAAGAAAAUUGUAAUGGACCUUUUUAAACUAAAUAGCCUCAUCGUAUGAUUAGAGAUUAAUUUUCAAAAAUAUUGUUCAAAUGUAUCAAUCACAAUGAAGGAUGUAAAAUUGAAAUGGUUUAAGAGAAUGUUAUUAAACACAUGUCAGAGUGCUUAUAUCAUUAAAUAAAUUGCAAAUGUGGAUAAAUAUUUUAAAGAAGAAAUAUAGAAUCACAUGUAUAUCUUUAAAGAAUAUUAAGAAAAAUAUGUGCACAUUUUACAAAACAUAAAAUUGUUUAAUUUGUUAAUAAUCAUUGACCUUGGAAGACCUAAAGAGUCAUAGAUGUCUUCUUUAACUUUAGUAAAUGGUUAAUUAAUUUCAGGAGAAAUUUUAGGAUUAUAAGGAAUAAUCUAAUUUUGCUAUUUUAGAAAUGAAAAAUUAAUAGAAUUAAAGAAUUAAUGAAAUAAAUUCAUCUAAAUAAUAAAUUAUUACACUUUUAGAAGAAAAUAAACAAUUGAAAAAUGAUUUAAAAACCAGAUAAUAGAUGUAUGAAAACAAUUAAGAAAAAAUUAAUUAAAAAAAGGCUUAAAUGGAAAAUUAAUAAUAAUAAUAAUAACAAUAAUAAUAAUAAUAAUAAUAAUAAUAAUAAUAAUAAUAAUAAUAAUAAUAAUAAUAAUAAUAAUAAUAAUAAUAAUAAUAAUAAUAAUAAUAAUAAUAAUAAUAAUAAUAAUAAUAAUAAUAAUAAUAAUAAUAAUAAUAAUAAUAAUAAUAAUAAUAAUAAUAAUAAUAAUAAUAAUAAUAAUAAUAAUAAUAAUAAUAAUAAUAAUAAUAAUAAUAAUAAUAAUAAUAAUAAUAAUAAUAAUAAUAAUAAUAAUAAUAAUAAUAAUAAUAAUAAUAAUAAUAAUAAUAAUAAUAAUAAUAAUAAUAAUAAUAAUAAUAAUAAUAAUAAUAAUAAUAAUAAUAAUAAUAAUAAUAAUAAUAAUAAUAAUAAUAAUAAUAAUAAUAAUAAUAAUAAUAAUAAUAAUAAUAAUAAUAAUAAUAAUAAUAAUAAUAAUAAUAAUAAUAAUAAUAAUAAUAAUAAUAAUAAUAAUAAUAAUAAUAAUAAUAAUAAUAAUAAUAAUAAUAAUAAUAAUAAUAAUAAUAAUAAUAAUAAUAAUAAUAAUAAUAAUAAUAAUAAUAAUAAUAAUAAUAAUAAUAAUAAUAAUAAUAAUAAUAAUAAUAAAAUUAACUUAUUACUAAAGGAGAAUUAAUUGAUUGUAAUUAAACUUUUUGUGAAAAAAAUCAUAAAUUAAAAUUUUGGAAAAAGCCUUCUGGAGAGGAGAAGAAACAAAAAUGUUCAAAAUGUUAAAAGCAAAAUACUACAUGUAGAUAUUUCUGCUAAUAAUGUACAAUUUUCAUUUGUUUCAAAUGCUGCUUUCCUGAAUUAAAAAUUGAAAAAUAACCAAAUUAACCUUAAUGUCCCUCCAAACAUUAUCUGAAUCAAAUUACAGAUGAUUUUAGGUGUUCUGUUUGUGAUAAAAAAGGAGAUGAUAUGAUUUAACCUAUUGCCCUUUAAUGUACUUAUUGUGACUUUAGAAUAUGUAAAUAAUGCAUUAAAAAUAAAAAAUAUAAGGAAAUGUAAUGA